AUGGUCUCCUACGACUCACCGCCACCGCCGAUCUCGAAGAAGCGGCGGCAAGAAGAUGAUGCUGGUGAUCUCGCCGGACAGCACUCCGCUGACGAUGGUGCCAUUGCGGGCAGCAAGCUGGCGGCGGGUGGCCCCGCGCCCGCUGUUGCUUCGACUUAUGUGCACUACGAGCCGCCGCGGGCCCCCGCACUCAUGCCCGAGGUGUCGGGCCUGCUCACCAUGAGUCGCGAGGGCUUCGUGUACCCUCCCACUUCGAGCUACGGUCUGGCCUCAGCACGGGAGCCCGCCUGGCAACCUCCGAUGAACCCUCCAGCAGCUGUGGCAGCCGCGGGCUCGCUGCGGCACUCGCUCGCCCGGCUGGAGCUCAAGUCUCACGACACACGCGUCAAAAAGGUGCAGUUGGAUCAAGAUGACAACCAGACCAGUUCAAGCUAUGACUGCCACGUGAAGAACUACGCGACGUACUGGGCGACGUUCCAGGCCGAGCGCUGCCAGCGCGCACUGGGGGAAGUGCCUGUUCCAGUGUUCCCUGUCACUGCCCUUAAGGCCUCCUUCUUCCUGGAGUACGAGAUAAUGCGCGAAAAGUGCCGCCAGGGCAAGAACGAGGCCAUCACGGGGUCGAACAUGGGCAAAUCCCACAUCUCGCAGGUCAUCAACGCGCUCGAGAGCUGGCAUCGCAACAACGCCUAUCUGUACAAGGAUGACCCCGAUGCGCAGAUGUCGUUGCGCACUGACAUCUGCAUCCACACUGCAGAGUCAUCGGCCAAGCACCAGGAGCCGAAAUGCAUAGAGAAGACACAGGCCUUGAAGGCCGCGGGGAGCUCUGGGGACACUUACACGCCCGAUGAGCUGAAGAGGUGCUUGAUUUGGUGCCUAAUGGAUGUGUCGGGUGUCAAGUCGAUCUGGAUCGGCCUGCGCGACCGUGCGAUGCUCCUGCUUUCAUCCACGAUGGCUUUCCGUGGGGAAAGCUCACACAUCCUCGAGUGGUUGGACCUCUUUCUGUCAUCCAUCCCCAUGGAUGAUGUCAAGCCCAUUCAGCCAAUAUAUACCUAA